UCACUUCCUGUAUCUCCCCAGGUGAGUCGUCGACUGCUCGGGUUUUUGGCGACAUCAAACAGGUGAAUCUUUCGUGAGAGUUUCAGACUCGGGGAGGAUCAGAAGAUCACAUCUGUCUGGAGAGCGUUUGCGGAGGUUUUGAAACGAUUUUGUGGCUGCAUAGGAGGAAGUCAGAAGCUGAAGGUUGAUUUGUGAGAGGACGGAAAGUGUUUUACCCCUGUGAGGCCUAAACACUCCGUAAAGACAUUGCCUUUUUUUUUUAAGAAUAAGUGGUAUUUUUAUUCGCUACUGUCGCACUGGUGUGGAUUUUAUUCGUGUGGGGAUCUUUACAGGAGUUUUGAAAAUGAAUCCACUCCUUAAAGGACAACUAGGAGCGUGUGCGCUCCUGCUCCUGGUGUUUCUACUAGACUGCGCUUGUGGCCAGGUGACUGGUGAGGCAUGCUUGGCCCAAUUCAAGGAAGGUCGGGAGGAUUUCGUCCUCGACACCGAUGAAUCAGUGAAAGACGGGGCCACGUUCAUUUCGUCGCCGAAACUGGACCGAUACAGGGACUGUGUGAGCGCCUGCUGCAAAGAGCCGAGAUGCAAUCUGGCCCUCAUGCAGAAGGGAUCCGAGCAGGGCUUGGUCAGCUCCUGCUUUCUCUUUGAUUGCCUGUACAAGAAGAAAUAUGCCUGCCGCUUUGUCAGGAAGAAAGGAUACAUGAGUUACAUCUUGGACUCUGUUUAUGAGAGCUAUCUUGCAUUGGAUGUCCCCGCAACUGACACCAACCAACCGCCAAUUGCUAUCGGAGGCCAGGACCGGGUGGUCCAGCCUCAGGACUCUGUGACACUGAACGGCAUAGAGAGCAAAGAUGACGAUAAGAUUGUGUCCUUCCAGUGGCAAAUGCUCACUGGAUACCUCUAUGCUGUCAUCGAGAAAACCAACUUUGAAGACCAGAUUGUCGUGUCCAAUCUGACAUCUGGAGUGUACAAGUUCCAGCUGACCGUCACAGACACCAUCGGCCAGUCAGACUCGACCACGGUCACCGUCCUUGUCCUGACUCCUGAGCAGUCUGAGCACCACUGCAUGGCUCCAAAGAAGGUUGGGCCGUGUCGCGGUUCCUUCCCUCGUUGGCAUUACAAUGCCGCCUCAGAGGAGUGUCAGCAUUUUAUGUUCGGGGGCUGCAGGGAGAAUCUCAACAACUAUCUCUCCGAGGAUGAGUGCACCAAGGCCUGCUACGGAUCAGAAAAAACUUCUAAAAGUGGAAGAGGUAUCUCAGUUACCCCAUCUCAAGUGCUAAGAUGUGAUGCUCCCUGUACAACGGAGGAAUUCACCUGUGCGGACGGCUGCUGUUUGGCUCCCGGUCUGGAGUGUGACUCGUCCCCACAGUGUCGUGACAGUUCAGAUGAGAAGAACUGCGAAGACUUGACCAACAAGUUUCGGAUUCUGCUGCAGAUUCCACUGGACGAACAAAAAGUGCGCUGCACAGAGGCUCCUGACACAGGAAGCUGCAGGGACAGUAUCACCAAGUGGUACUACGACCCCUACACUCUGAAAUGCCUCCGCUUCAACUACGGUGGCUGCUAUGGAAACGACAACAGAUUUGACAAUGAGGACGGCUGUAUGAAAGUUUGCCGUGGGGUAACAGAAAAGGAUGUGUUUGCAAGAAAUAAUGGACAUGAACGCAGAGUGUCUGAAGGCCAUACAGGUAUUAUAGCGGCAGCUGCCCUUCUGGGUCUAGCUAUCCUCAUUCUUCUAGGCGUCCUGGUGUUCUGCAUCUGCAAGGGUAAGAAGAAGUCUUCACAGCACCACCGCGUGCCCGUCAACAACGUCCCGGCCAGCUAUGAGGACAGAGAUCGUCUGGUCUACAACAGCACCACCAAGCCCAUCUGACCCCUCUGCCCCCACCUUUGACCCCCGUCCUGGUGGUGGAUGACACCGGUUGCCGGAGCUGUGUCACACACUGAAUAAACUCAGAUUGAUGAGAGAGGAAGUUUGAAUGCUGGAGGGGAUCGUUUUUUAUUUUGUCCACAGAUGGAUGUGUUUUGUAAGGGUGAUGUACAUAGUAGGCAGAAUGUGAUGAAAUGUGAUGUUAUGUUUUGAUUUUUAGCUUGUUUGUAAUGCAGUGGCCUGUUAAAAUGAAUUGUUGCAUGUCACUUUGUUCUCAGUUUAACAGGCAAGAAUUUUAAUUAGUCUGGCGGUACAUCACCACUGGAUAACAUUUAGGUUGUUCCCCAUUAGAUCAGGUUAGAUCUGUGAAUAUUUUGCUUCCAUCAAACAAUCUGAGAGUUCUUAGUGAACAGCUCUUUUCAAAAUAAAGUCAGAUCCUGAAUGGUCCCUGGGUUCACCAUGGUCUGUUACUUCAAAAUAAAAGUCUAAAUUCCCUCAAGUCUUAAAACUGAGCCGGGAAGCUGAAUGUAAUGCCAUAUGGUGAUCCCCUCAGCUUCCCAAAGUCCUGCCACACCAGCAUCUUUGCUCUGCCAGAUUUAUUUUUAUGCCGUUAAUAAACCCUUGUUACACUGGAAUACACUCAGUGCGUGCAUAAUGUUGUACAUAAUCUUAGAAUAUUGAAAAAGUAAUAUUUUACUUGAGAAAGUUAUUUUUCUCUCUUUUUAAAAGUGUUUUUAGAACAAGCAUAAUGCAUAUACAUUAAACAAUGUUCAUUGACGUGUUGUAAAGCAGCCUUACUGAUGAAUAUUCAAUAUUUUCAACUUCAAAUGUUUGUACAUAUGACCUCACAUAGGUUUCUGUGACUUUUGCAGUAUCAUGAUGUUUGUACUUAAUAAAUACAUCAACUCAA